AUGUUAAACUACACGAAUUGGAUGAUUUUUCCGAUGGAUCAGAACGACGACGUUAUCUACAUUCUGAUCCUGUGGACUGUCGGCAUUAUCGUGAUGCUUGGUAUGGCGCUUUUCGGGAUCUUGGCCGUGCUGCAUUCGUUGAAAAAGUACCAAUCGCUGCUCAGCUCGAAGAGCUACAACUCACACCGCCAGUUUCUCACGUCGCUGGUGAUCCAGGCGACUUUCCCGUUUACCGUAUAUUUUCUGCCGGUCAUGGUUGCAAUUCCCUCUGAAUUUACAUCCAAGACGGGGCUGAUCAUCGAAGUCGAGAUACCCGGUAUGGAAAUGUACCCUACGAGACACGACUUCCCUAAAGGAUCAUCCUCGCUGCGACGUUUCUACAGUACCAUAUUCAGGAAUUUUUGGAGCUACGAGUCGUUGUCGAUAAAAUUCUAUGCAGCAAAGAGAGACGAUAUUCGGAAGUUGCUAAAUAUUCUCAGUUCUCCAACGUGGAAGACAGCAUCUCUGUGGGGAGGCGGACGCUUUGGUUUCUACAAUGAAAGUGAUUUUCCGGGCGAGAAAGACGUCUACGCUUGGGCAAAUGCAUAUCCGAGACUGGCCUUUUACGGUUUUGGCAAAGGUAUCAACUUCACGGCUCUCGUCUUGAAGAAUUUGCAGAAAUGGGUAGACGGGGCUGAAAUCACCCACAGUUUUGCACAAUUCCACGAUGGCCCAUGGAAUUUUCCCUUCAUCGGCAAGAAGCAAGAAGCUUUCGAAAAGAAGUACAACGUCCGGAUUGUUAUGUGUGAAAAUUCGAGCGCAAGUAAAAUGCGAAACAUUUGGUUUCUACGGCUCAAUAAGCCCGAAGAAGUAGUGCGGUUACGGUAUGAUUCGAAUAGAUGGUUCUCCAUAAAAACGCAGCCGCCGCCACCGGAAAUCAAGUACGAGCAACACCAGCUCGGCAUCAUCGACAAAACUGAUAACUUAAAAGUGACCACGCUGAAGUUAGGGGAUUGGAAAUAUCAACGCACUAUGGAAGCUGAAGAGCCCGGAGGUGCACCGCUGAUCUCGACGAUAAGCCACCGUCCUACCUUCGACGACGUCAACAGCCUGAGGCAUCUUCAAGGACGAUUACCGGAUUUAUCCUACUGUAAAGAAUUUCGGGAAAUGUGUAAA